UGUUAAGCUGUGUGCUAACUUAAAAGAACUGAAAUUCACAGAGCAGCUCCAUUGCAGUGUUGUAAAAUACGGGUUUGUGUUUGAUCAAAAUAUAAGGACGGCUCUAAUGGUGGCUUAUAGUAAAUGUAUGGCGAUGGUUGAUGCUCUUAGGCUGUUCAAAGAGACAGGAUCCCUCGGGAAUGUUGUUUCAUGGACAGCGAUGAUUAGUGGUUUCUUGCAGAAUGAUGGGAAAGAGGAAGCUGUGGAUUUAUUUUCGGAAAUGAAGAGGAAAGGUGUUAGGCCGAACGAAUUCACUUAUUCUGUCAUUCUCACAGCUCUUCCUGUAAUUUCUCCAUCAGAGGUCCACGCACAAGUUGUAAAGACUAACUACGAGAGGUCUUCAACCGUUGGAACCGCUCUUUUAGAUGCUUAUGUGAAGUUAGGUAAAGUAGAUGAGGCUGCAAAAGUUUUUAGUGGUAUUGAUGAUAAAGACAUUGUGGCUUGGUCAGCGAUGCUUGCAGGAUAUGCUCAGACCGGAGAGACGGAGGCAGCUAUUAAGAUGUUUAGUAAGCUCACAAAGGGAGGGGUGAAACCGAAUGAGUUUACAUUCUCUAGCAUCCUUAACGUGUGUGCGGCUACUACCGCGUCUAUGGGACAGGGAAAGCAGUUCCACGGGUUUGCUAUAAAAUCAAGACUCGAUAGCUCUCUGUGUGUUAGUAGUGCUCUUUUAACCAUGUAUGCAAAGAAAGGCAACAUUGAGAGUGCGGAAGAAGUUUUUAAGAGGCAGAGAGAGAGAGAUCUAGUAUCAUGGAAUUCGAUGAUCUCUGGGUAUGCACAACACGGGCAAGCUAUGAAGGCUCUCGAAGUUUUCAAGGAAAUGAAGAAGAGAAAGGUGAAAAUGGAUAGCGUGACAUUCGUCGGAGUAUUUACCGCUUGUACACAUGCGGGGUUAGUAGAAGAAGGCGAAAAGUAUUACGAUAUAAUGGUGAGAGACUGCAAGAUUGCACCUACAAAAGAGCAUAAUAGUUGUAUGGUGGAUUUAUAUAGCCGAGCCGGGCAACUCGAAAAGGCUAUGAAGGUUAUAGACAACAUGCCAAACCCGGCUAGUUCCACCAUUUGGAGAACGAUUCUAGCUGCAUGCCGUGUGCACAAGAAAACAGAGCUUGGGAGAUUAGCUGCAGAGAAGAUCAUUGCAAUGAAACCAGAGGAUUCAGCUGCAUAUGUGCUGUUGUCUAAUAUGUAUGCAGAGGCAGGAGACUGGCAAGAGAGAGCCAAAGUAAGGAAGCUCAUGAACGAGAGAAACGUGAAGAAAGAACCUGGUUACAGUUGGAUUGAGGUCAAGAACAAGACUCACGCAUUCUUGGCGGGUGAUCGGUCUCAUCCUCGUAAAGAUCAGAUCUAUAUGAAGCUAGAAGAUUUAAGUACACGGCUGAAGGAUUUAGGGUAUGAGCCGGAUAAAAGUUAUGUGCUUCAAGACAUUGAUGAUGAGCACAAAGAAGCUGUUCUUGCUCAGCAUAGUGAGAGAUUAGCUAUUGCUUUUGGGUUAAUAGCUACGCCAAAGGGAAGCCCUCUUUUGAUCAUUAAGAACCUUAGGGUUUGUGGAGAUUGUCAUGCAGUCAUCAAAUUGAUUGCAAAGAUUGAAAAAAGAGAGAUUGUAGUUAGAGAUUCAAACCGGUUUCAUCACUUUGGCAGUGAUGGAGUUUGCUCAUGUGGGGACUUUUGGUGAAAUAAUAAAAAGAAAA